AUGAAGCACGAGAAGAACAUCCCAGAGCCACAUCACUAUCACCGAUUGGGAGAGUGGCUUCCGCACGAUCAACGUGCUCACAGGGAAUGGCUGGCAGGUGUUAUCGACCUUGUCGACCAGAAACCCGAGCGUCUACACCCAGCUCUGGCGGAGUUCCAAGACUUGAUCGAAAACAACACCCGCGUCUACCUUCUCAUCGCGUCAAUGUUUCAGCAGAUUCCCAACAAGGAACCGUACACCAAUGACCCACAAGGUGAAGGUCACCCACAAAUCCGCGACCACAUCCAUAUGCUCCAAGUCCUCAACCACAUCUUGACCACCGCACCAUCCUGGAAUGACAAGUCUGAACGCGUGGGGUUGGUCGGAUUGCCAUUCCACGCACUGUUUGACUGGCCCAUGGGGACCUCCUCUGGGUUUGCCGUCUUCCUGGAUCCAGAUAUCAACAAGGUCUUGAAGAAGGUGCUGGACGCAUGGGCGAACUACCUGGAGUCACCAGAGUCUGCAUACGUCCUCAAGAAAAACGCAAGAGGCAGCUGGUUCAGUCCGCAUGGCGAAGAGGAGCUGACUCACGUGGCAAAUGUCGGGAAGACAAGUCACAAGUUUGAAGAGUUGUUCGAGUGCGACCCGAGUGAUCCACACAUGGGAUUUAAGUCUUGGGAUCACUUCUUCACCCGUGUUUUCAAAGAAGGAGCUCGGCCCGUUGCCAGCCCAGACGAUGACAACGUGAUCGCAAAUGCAUGCGAGUCCAAGGCGUUCAAGGUCGCGCGAGACGUCAAAGCACGAGAGCACUUCUGGUUGAAAGGCCAACCGUACUCUGUGCUCGACAUGCUGGCUCAAGAUCCUUGGGCUGAGCAGUUCGUCGGAGGCACAGUGUAUCAAGCGUUCCUCAGCGCACUGAGCUAUCAUCGAUGGCAUGCUCCUGUGUCCGGCAAAUUGGUCAAGGCAUACGUGGUGGACGGGACGUACUGGUCAGAACCCCCGUUCGCCGAAUUCAAGGAGAACCAAUCAGCAGAUCCGGAAGGCAUAGUGACAAGCCAGGGGUAUCUGACAGCUACGGCGACAAGAGCCAUCAUGUUCUUCGAGGCAGACAACCCGGCGAUUGGCUUGAUGGCGUUUCUGGGAAUCGGCAUGUGUGAGGUGUCGACGUGCGAAAUGACAGUUCAAGUGGGCCAGCACGUCAACAAAGGAGAUCAAAUUGGCAUGUUCCAUUUUGGCGGCUCGACUCACUGUUUGAUGUUUAGGAAAGGGGUUGAGCUCGAAGGCUUCCCCGAGGCGACCCCUGAGCACAACGUUCCAGUUCGCAGUGCGUUGGCGAGGGUGCAGUCGAGGUAA